CUUUCUGUUUCGAAAUGAACUGAAACGAAAUCAGCCAUGCAAUAGACAGAUUUCUUUUUCUAACUCGACGUUUGUGAAGAAAAGACAUGUCAGUAAAGAACAGAGGACCAAGGAGAUUUGCGCGACCAGGUGAUGGCAGUGCUGAUGUUAACAAUUUAAGUCAUCAGUUGGAAGGCUUGUCUUUAUCGGACCCUAAGAAAGACAAGACUAAAACUGAACCACAGAGGGAAGUUAUGCAGCAAGAAAAUACGAAGAGUAUGGCAUCUCAUACAUCAGGGGAUGUCAGACAUCACACAUGUAGCUCCAGAGACCUGAAGAGCGAGAGACAUUCGUGUACAAAGGAAGAUUCUGAGGGGAUGGAGACACUGCAGACAAAACAGGAUGGCAGAACUGUACCCAACAACAAUGAGGAUGAACAUGUGUCCAGCAAGAAGGAUGAUCCUGUAUCCAGCAAGAAGGAUGAUCCUGUAUCCAGCAAGAAGGAUGAUCCUGUAGCCAACAACAACAAAGAUAAUCCUGUAGCCAACAACAACAGAGAUGAUCCUGUAUCCAGAAACAUGAGUUUUCCUGUAGCAAACAACAACAGAAAUAAUCCUGGACCAUGUAUUACGGAUGAUGCUGUGGCCAACAAUGAGAAAGAGGAAAUGGCUAAUUCAUCUAGAAGACCUGGGGAUCCUGACGAGGAAUCCAGUUGUACAGAAAAGUGGGAAAUGAAUCUGACGGUAUGCUAUAAUGCUGUUUUGUGUUAUGUGAUAUGUUAG